AUGUGGCGCUCCGUUGCUCUGCUCCUCUCCGCUCUCAUCAACGUUUCGGAGCAGGGCCCACACCAGAGGAGCCUCCUGAAGAACCUCUUAAAGGACUAUAACAGGAUGGAGCGUCCAGUGGGCAAUGACUCCCACCCCCUCACCGUGGUCUUCUCCCUCAGCCUCAUUCAGAUCAUGGAUGUGGAUGAGAAGAACCAAGUGCUGACCUCCAACAUGUGGCUGAGAAUGAGUUGGUACGAUCAUUAUCUUCAGUGGAACCAAACGGAGCACCCAGGCGUCAAAAACCUGCGAUUUUCACACGACCAAAUAUGGACACCGGACAUCCUGCUUUACAACAGUGCAGAUGACGACUUCGACUCCACCUUUAAGACAAACAUCCUGGUCAACUCCAGCGGAUACGCGGAGUACUUACCUCCAGGUAUCUUCAUGAGCACCUGUAACGUGGAUGUGCGCUGGUUUCCCUUCGACAUUCAGAAGUGCGAGCUGAAGUUUGGCUCCUGGACGUACGACGGUUGGCUCCUCGAUCUUCAGAUGAACGACGCAGACAUCUCAGGAUACAUGCCCAACGGGGAGUGGGACCUCAUCGGUGUGCCGGGAUCAAGAAAUGAGCUGUUCUAUGACUGCUGCAAGGAGCCAUAUCCAGACGUGACGUUUGUGAUCACGAUUCGGAGAAGGACGCUGUACUACGCCCUGAACCUCCUCAUCCCCUGUGUGCUCCUCUCCUCCAUGACUCUGCUCAUAUUUGUGCUGCCGGCCGAUUCGGGAGAGAAGAUCUCUCUGGGGAUCACGGUCCUGCUGUCUCUCACUGUCUUCAUGUUACUGGUAGCAGAAAUCAUGCCAGCCACAUCUGACUCAGUUCCACUAAUAGGUGUAUAUAUUGCCAGUAUAAUGAUCAUUGUGGGAAUGUCAGUCAUCGCUACUGUGGUGGUCCUGCAGUAUCACCACCACGACCCCAACGGAGGGAACAUGCCCAAAUGGGUGCGGCUCGUCCUGCUGCAGUGGGUUGCCUGGUUUUUACGAAUGAAACGCCCGGGAGAGAACGAUGACCCCGAGCGUCCCCCCUGCGCCCCCCACCUUCGACGUUGCUCCUCUGGCUCCCAAAGCGGCAGCAUCCCCAACCCUCCAGACCCCACCCUGCACCCGCUGCACCCACAAAACCUGGGCUCCCUCCAGACGGGACCCCUGCACACGGGACACCCCCACCUCCACUCCCAAACCAGCGCUAACAACAAUGGCAACCUAUUAUACAUGGGUUUUCAAAGCAUGGAUGACCCAAGUUUGCUUUCCGAGGCCGUGCAGAGAAAUCUCACUUCAGGACCUCCGAGAGUGGCAGGAAGCCCACCUCCGCACCUACCCUCCCAAUUCUGCAGCUCGCCGCCCCCUCCCACUCCCAAUUUGGACACAGGAUGCCCCAGUACGGUAUCCAGCGGAGGGGGUUUUGGAGGAGGACACGGCGGGCUGGGAGGGUGCUCUACUUCUGGGAUAGGGGACCCUCAGCUCCAGGCGAUUUUGGAGGAGGUGCGCUAUAUGGCAGACAGAUUUCGCGAACAGGAUGAGACAGAAAGCAUGGCAGACCAGUGGAAGUUUGCUGGAGCAGUAAUCGACCGUCUUUGUUUGGUGGCGUUCAGUGUCUUCAAUAUAAUUUGCACCAUUUCUAUUCUCAUGUCCGCGCCGAACUUUGUGGAGGCUAUUUCAAAGGAUUUUGUUUGA